GCCCGUCAGCAUCUCCAAGGCAGAGACCGCCGCGGAGCUCAAACCCUCUAUUAACCAUGGAUAUGUGACUUGAGGCAAAACGAACUAUCUUUAUAAGUUUUGUGAUUUUUGUUUCACCGAUUAAUUGUUAGAGGUAGCCUACAUAUUUUGAACAUUAUAAGUGGUCACGGUAAGUAUAGCCUAAAUUCAGUUUACUUUUUCCUGCAAAAAUGACCGCUGUUCUGGAUAGCCUUGGCUCGGAUAUGCAUACAAACCAUAUUACUUCGAGCAGCUUCAGUACCGUUCACAAGUCGCAGGAUUCCCCAACACUGCCGGUGUCAACUGUGACCGACAGCAGCUUCUACAGUAGUGCGCAGACAGGACACUGCACAGGGACAGCGUACGCACAACUGGCAUCUUAUUCCUAUCAUCCUGGUACAGUGGGUAAUGUCCACUACAGCCCCAAAGCUUACGAUUUAGGCUAUGCUUCUUCCUAUGGCGCUUAUGGAACGUAUGGACCCAGUUCUUCACCCACACCAACCGAACCGGAGAAGGAAGAGAGUGAACCGGAGGUACGCAUGGUGAAUGGAAAGCCAAAGAAAGUCCGGAAACCGCGAACCAUCUACUCCAGUUUUCAGCUGGCGGCUCUCCAGCGCAGAUUCCAAAAGACCCAGUAUCUUGCGCUCCCGGAACGCGCGGAACUGGCGGCGUCUAUGGGCCUCACACAGACCCAGGUGAAGAUAUGGUUUCAGAACCGACGCUCAAAAUUCAAAAAGUUGUGGAAAAACGGCGAGAUUCCAGCAGACCAGCAGAUUGUAUCCGGUGACUCUCCUUCUAACACUCCUCCACCACAGGCAGGUUGGGAUUUCCCUCCGAACCAGACAGCGAACGACGGGGACACGGUUUCAGAGCAGCCCGCGGGGCCACCAAACACCACUGCCCCAUCGUUCUUGACAAACUAUUCAUGGUACUCCUCCACGAAUACGGUCACACAUCUACAGCCCAGUACCUUAAUACAACCUCAUCACAGCUCUGCAAUGAGUGCAGGGACCAUAUUCUAACAGAGGACUGAAUACACCUGUUGUAGGAGGAAAUAAUAGGCCUAUCGUGUCACUGGACUUGUAUUUUAGGAGAACAUUAACUUUAAAAUCUAUUUUCAGGCUGGGUUUGCUAAAGAUGUUUGCUGUGGAAUACUUUGGAUGCGCUCGAACAAGCAUAUUAAAUUAUUUUUCUAUUUAUUUAUUUGUUUUCGUUAUAGUACAAUUGAAAAAGGUAAUCAGAUGUUUAUUUCACAUUCCAAGUACAAACGGGUAGCCCUUUUUCGUGUGUUGUACAGAAUAUAGGCCUAUAGGUUUAGUGAUAAAUCUAUUAAAAUGCUUAUACAACCUGCAGUCAUAAUUAAAUGUGCGUUUUACUAUCAAUUAACGUUUCGUUCUUUGAUUAUCGCGUAGGCCUAUGGAUGUUUUCAUUGACCCACGGUUUUUGUCUGUAAAAAUGAUACUU